UUGGGGGUAAAAUACCUAAACACAGAAAGAAGCCAAGUCAGUCAUCUUUAUUUUAUUUUAUCCGUAACUAACCACGAGGUUCAAGAGUUUUGAUCAAAAAAGCUCUCUCCUUUCUCUCUUCUUUUCGCUUCGUCUUCACAAGGAGGUAUGGCAAAGAGUUACUUCAAGCAAGAACAUGAUCUUGAGAAGAGGCGUGCAGAGGCUGCUAGGAUUAGAGAGAAGUACCCUGAUAGGAUUCCGGUGAUCGUGGAGAAGGCAGAGAGAAGUGAUAUACCCAAUAUAGAUAAGAAGAAGUACCUUGUUCCAGCUGAUUUGACUGUAGGACAAUUUGUGUAUGUUAUCCGUAAAAGGAUUAAACUAAGUGCAGAAAAGGCAAUAUUCAUAUUUGUGGAUAAUGUGCUUCCACCUACAGGUGCAAUUAUGUCUGCCAUAUACGAAGAGAAAAAGGAUGAAGAUGGAUUUCUCUAUGUGACUUACAGUGGGGAGAAUACGUUUGGGUGCCAGAUCCAGCCGUAGCCUGUGAUUGUUCUGGCAUUACGUGGUUUCUUAGUGCAACCACAUUUAAUUCAUCGUAAUUGUCUUUCACGCAUUCUGCUGAAUAUUUCUUCAUCGUGCAUAUUUUAUAUUUUAUAAGACCUUGCAAGUGAUAUUAUGUACAGUUAUAAAUUGUAUAUAAGCCCCAAAACCUU